AUGGAUAAUUCAGAAAAUGAAGAAAAGCAUUUAAAACGAGUACACCCAAAAACACUUAAUCCAAUUGGAACUAAUAACGACGAUCCGGAUAAUCAAUUACAAGAUGCUCAAAAUAUAUCUAAAUCAUCUACUUCUGCAAAUACCUCUUUAUUGCCAUAUCAAACUACUACUUCUUCACAGUGUUCUGAGCCACCUUCUAAACGAUCUCGUCAACUUACACUUUAUGGUUCAAAAAAAACUAUUGGAUUAACAGAAAUGGAAACCAAUGAAAUUAAUAAGUCUUUAAUUAAAAUGAUAGUUUUUGAUUAUCAGCCACUCUCGAUAGUAGAGAACGCUGGAUUCUUAGAGUAUACUAAAAAGUUACAACCUCUAUAUUCUGUCCCCAGUAGAAAACAACUUACAACCAAAUUAUUACCACAAGAAUAUGAUAUUAUAUACUCCAAAUUAAAAUCUAUGCUUGGAACAGUAGCUGAUUUAUCUAUCACUACCGAUAUGUGGACAUCGGAUUGUAAUAAAUCGUAUAUUACUGUGACUUGUCAUUUUAUAUUUGACCAUCACUUAUAUUCACCAGUACUUGCUACUCGGGAAGUUUUUGACAGUCAUACUGGUAUUAAUAUAGCAUCUACUCUGAAAAAUAUUUUUAAUGAAUGGGGCAUAGCAGAUGAAAUAGUAACUAUCGUAUCUGACAAUGGGUCCAGCAUAAAAAAUGCUAUAAACGAACAUCUGCUCAAAUAUCAUCAUCCGUGCGUAGCACAUACAUUAAAUUUAAGUAUUAAUGAGGCAAUAAAUGGAAAUCUAGAUAUUAUUCAAAUUUUGAAAAAAUGUAGGACCAUAGUAGGUCACUUUAAACACAGCUCUUAUGCUAAUGGUAAACUUAGAGAAUUUCAAUUACAAAUGAACCUACCUAUAUUAAAAGUGAAACAAGAUGUUGUAACUCGAUGGAAUUCGAGUUUGAUAAUGAUUGAAAGACUACUUGACAUUAAAAAUCCACUAUCCGCUACCAUGUCAUCUCUUCCUCGAGCACCUAAUUGUUUAAAUGCGUGUGAAUGGGAAAUAUUAUUAGAUUGCAUUCAUAUUUUAAAACCGUUUGAGAUUAUGACUGCUGAGUUAUCGGGAGAAAAUUACAUAACUAUUUCUUCUAUUAUACCGUUAAUUAGAGGCUUACAACAUAUAAUAAAAAGUGUACAAAUAAAAAAUACUAUAGGCGAAGCAUUUAAAACUACCUUAAUAGAUGUAGACAAUCGGCGAUUGGGGCAUUUAGAAAAGAAUAAGAUUGUUGCAAAAGCAACAUUUUUGGAUCCUAGAUUUAAAAAAACUGCUUUUGGAUUACUCGAAAAUGCUAAUAAUGUACAAAAAUGGAUAUCAGACGAACUAACACCGAUGAUAAUAUGUGCAAAUAACGAUAUUUAUAAUACUGAAGUAAAUAAAAUUCAGUCUACAACAACAGCAUCAACUUCUGAUACAAGUAAUUCAAUUUGGGAUCAUUUUGAUAAUAAAGUUUCACAAGUUCAAUCUUCGUCGAGUCCAUCUACAACUUCAACUUUGAUUAUUCGCCAAUAUUUAGAAAUGCCACUGUUGGAUAGGAAAAAAAAAUCCAUUACAUUUCUGGAAGCAGCAUAA